AUGUCGAAUCCAUCAUUUACCUCAAUUCCUAUUCUGGACUUUGCUCAAGCGACUUCCUCCAAGCUUGAAUUUCUGGAAGCACUUCGUGAGGCUCUUGUAAAUGUGGGCUUUUUCUAUCUCCGAAAUGCUCCCGUCCUUGCUCAGACGCAAGAAGACUUUACAAAGAAGGCUUUGGAUCUCUUCGAUUUACCACUCCAAAAGAAGCUUGAGAUUGAGAUGGUGAACAGCCCACAUUUCUUAGGUUAUUCAAGACUCGGUGCAGAGAUCACGGCCUUGAAGCCAGACCACCGGGAGCAAUUCGAUGUAGGGACGCGCUUUACACAUCUGCGAGUCUCCACUAACUUUCUUCUCUUUCUUCUCAAGUUUGCAACUGAGCUCCCAGCACCUGGUUCGGAUGAGCCUUUGUAUAGGAAUGUAGUCGGGCCUAAUCAGUGGCCCGACGAAAGAGCGCUUCCUGGUUUUCGAGACGCAUUCGAUAAAUACCUGUUCGAAGUGAGCAAUCUGGCAGAGCAAUUUCCGGGUCUGAUCGCGGAGGCUUUAGACCUCCCGUCAAAUGCAUUCGAUGAGGUAUUCGACAGCCCUCAGCAACAUAAGCUCAAGCUGAUCAAAUAUCCCGCUCCAACCGAAGCCAGCAAUGGUGACUCGGGCUUUCAAGGAGUUGGACCACAUAAGGACUCUGGAUUCCUCACAUUUUUGUUGCAGGGAACACCACAUCAUGGACUUGAGGUACAGAAUAAGUCGGGCACAUGGGUUUCCGCUCCACCCCUCCCCGGUACACUAGUGGUCAAUAUCGGUCGAUCUCUGGAAGCGCUUACAGGAGGGAUUUGCACCGCGACCACUCAUCGCGUCAGUUUACGACCGGAGAACUUCGAGGACAGCACAGGUUCUCUGGGUCCGAGGUUCUCCUUCCCGGUUUUCCAAGGAGUGAGUCUGGAUCUUUCUGCGGAGAAGAUUUCAUUGAAAAUCCCGGAAUCCAUCCGUGCCUUGGUCAAAGACGCCAAGGUCAAAUCGGACGCAGAGGCAACUUUCAAUAAAAUGUUCCAUGGGUGCAUUGGCGAAGGCACUUUCGUUGCUCGGGUUACCAGUCACCAAGACGUUGGGCAGCGG